AUGUCGCACCACCCACCCUCCGACGACAAGCUCCCCGUCGAGCAGAUCGACGACCUGGAGAGCGCCAAGGGACCCCGGUACAAGGCCAACACACAGCUCGAUGACGCGGCCAAGAUCCUCGCUGAGGCUGGCAACUUUGAGGCCUCGCUCGAGGACCGGAAGCGCGUCCUGCGCCGCAUCGACAUCUACGUGUGCAUCCCCAUGUGCCUCGUCUACUUCCUCCAGCAGCUCGACAAAUCGUCCCUCUCCUACGCGGCAGUGUUCGACCUCCAGAAGGAGACAGGCCUCCACGGCACCCAGUUCUCGUGGCUCACGUCCAUCGUCUACAUCCUCCAGCUGGUCACGCAGCCGCUGUCGUCCUACUCGCUCAUCGCCUUCCCCGUCAAGUACUGGGUCGUGUUCAACAUGGUCUCGUGGUCGAUCGUCACGGCCGCGACGAGCGCCGCGAAGAACUUUACGGGCCUGAUCAUCUGCCGUGCGCUGCUUGGUUUCUUCGAGGCGACCAUCCUGCCGUCGUGUGUCCUGAUCACCCAGAUGUGGUGGACUCGCCGCGAGCAGUCGUACCGCACCAUCGCGUACCAGAUCGCCAACUCGAUGGCGGCCAUCUGGGGCCCGCUCCUGUCCUACGGCAUCGGCCACGUCAACUCGGGCAUCAGGCCGUACCAGGGCAUCUUCCUCUUCAUGGGCUGCCUGUCGCUCGCGCUCGCCCCCGUCGUCUGGUGGCUCCUGCCCAACUCGCCCACGACGGCCCGCUUCCUCCGCCACGGUAACGACCGCCUGAUUGCCCUCGAGCGCCUCCGUGAGAACAACACGGGCACCAAGUCGUCCAAGAUCAAGUGGUCCCAGGUUUGGGAGACCUACCGCGACCCCAAGACCUGGAUGUGGGCCGGCAUGUUCAUCUGUUGCUCGACGCCGUCUGGUGGCUUUGGCACUUUCGGUGGUCUCAUCACCAAGGGCUUCGGUUUCAACAGCUUCCACUCCGUCCUGAUGCAGAUGCCUACCGGUGUCAUUGGCAUCAUCGUGCUCCUCAUCUCGAUUUAUGUCACCAACCGCUACAAGCUCCGUUUCCCCGUCGUCGCUGUCCUGUGUAUCUUCCCGAUCGCCGGCGCGACGGCUCUUACGCAGGUGAACAGGAAGAACACCAACGGCCUGCUCGCCAGCUACUAUGUCGCGCAAAUGUUCACUGGCCUCCAGCCCCUCCUCUUCUCGUGGGCCAACCUUAACGCUGCCGGCACUACCAAGCGUGUCGUGACCACAGCCACCAUGUUCGUAUUCCAGUGCGCCGGCAAUGUCAUCGGCCCUCAGGUGUACCUGUCCCACGAGGCGCCCGUGUACCUCACCGGCCUGUAUGUCGACAUUGCGUGCUGGUGCAUGCUCCUGAUCCUGGCGCUCUCCAUGGGCGUUUACCUCAACUACCUGAACAAGCGCAAGGAGGCGCAGCGUGUCGCCAUGGGCCUGCCCGCCAACCUCAAGGACAUGUCCAUCAUGACCACCGAGGAGGCAGACGCGUACCGCAAGGAGCUGAGCGAGCGCCUCGCCGCCGAGGGCUUCGACGAGUCGCGCCUCUGGGGCCAGGCAUUCGACGACAUGACCGACUUUGAGAACCCCAUGUUCGCGUACGUCCUCUAGGGUGGUGGAGGUGGUGGGCAUUGGCAGCCAGUGGACGGAGAGCGGUGAGCGGUGGACGGAGAGAGAG